AUGUGGUGGAUGCUCAUCUUCAAAGCCUUCAAGGUUGGCAACAAAGCCUACAAAAGCCACAAAAACAAAAACGGCAAUGACGACACCCUAAACCCCAACUCCAUCAACCUCGGCAGCACCAUCACUCCAGCACCUCCACCUAAACCACCCCUCAAGACCCGUCUAAAAGCCCACAUCCAGCUCCUCCUGCACUUCCUGCAGCUCGUCUUCGGUCUUACCGUCGUCGGACUUUACGGGCGGGACGUGCGCGCGGCGCAUAAGAACGGGGCUGCGCAGAAUGCGAAGUGGGUGUAUGCGCUCGUUACUGGGGUUUUGGGGGCGGGGUCUGGACUGGUGUAUCUUGGGUAUGGGGUUGUUAUGAUGAAGCUGGGGAAGUUGGGGAGGGAGAGGAUGGUGAUGGGUUCAUUGGGUAGGCUGGGGUGGGGGUUCGUGUUGGUGGUUUUGUGGUUAGUGGUUUUUGGGGUGUUUGGGGGGUUGUAUAUUGGAGUCUAUGGGGAGGGGUCGGAGAAAGAGGUGGAGAAGACAAAGAGGAUGAGGCAUGCUGUUUGGGUGGAUUUGGUGAAUUUGGUGUUUUGGGUUGCGGGGAUGGUUAUUGAGGGACUGAGGUGGUGGAAAUUACGUGGUGGACGGGGGGCUGUUGGUGAUCUGGAGACUAGGGAGAAGGAGGUCGCCCCUGCUUAA